CCAAGCAAGACCGUCUCAUCCUCUUCUAGUCUCCAACAUCACUUGCGCCGAGCAACAUCUGAUCUCGAGAACGAGGAGGAGCAAAAAUGGGCUCUGCUGCUGCUGCUGCUGGUGCCUCAGUUUUAUCGCGAGUGGUUCUGAUGAGAGCUGCCUUCUUCGCACUGUGUGCUCUCGUGGCUUUGCCGGCUCUUGCGCAGGCGAAGCACGGAGGCGUCACCAGGCAUUACAAGUUUGAUAUCAAGAUGCAGAAUGUGACGAGGUUGUGCCAGACCAAGAGCAUUGUCACGGUCAAUGGCCAGCUCCCGGGGCCUCGAAUCAUCGCUAGAGAAGGUGACCGGCUCUUGAUCAAAGUGGUGAACCACGUCCAGUACAAUGUCACACUCCACUGGCAUGGAGUCCGACAGCUCAGGAGCGGGUGGGCUGAUGGACCGGCAUAUAUCACGCAGUGCCCGAUUCAAACCGGCCAAACCUUUGUCUACAAUUUCACCGUGACUGGCCAAAGAGGAACACUACUUUGGCAUGCCCACAUAUCAUGGCUCAGGGCGACUCUAUAUGGCCCGAUCGUGAUCCUCCCAAAGAAACAUGCUUCUUACCCUUUUCCCCAGCCUUUCCAAGAAGUCCCCAUCAUUUUCGGAGAAUGGUGGAAAGCUGACACAGAAACCAUCAUAAGCCAAGCCUUACAGACCGGAGGAGCGCCGAAUGUCUCCGAUGCCUACAUGAUCAAUGGCUUUCCGGGACCCGUACGCAACUGCUCGGCUAAAGUCGGUUUCAUAACAUCUUGUUCAGAUUCGUUCAAGCUUAAAGUGAAGCCCGGAAAGACCUACCUCCUUCGCCUCAUCAACGCUGCCCUCAACGACGAGCUCUUUUUCAGCAUCGCGAACCACACGCUCACCAUCGUAGAGACCGAUGCAACUUACGUGAAGCCCUUCAAAACUCGCACCCUACUGAUCGCCCCGGGACAGACCACCAACGUCCUGCUCCGAACAAAAUCUAAGGCCCCGAACGCCACAUUCAUCAUGGCGGCUCGGCCCUAUGCUACCGGCCCCGCCACCUUCGACAACACCACCGUCACUGGAUUCCUCGAAUACACUAAACCGUCUUCACCCUCAAAUCCUAAAUCAUCCAAACUGCCUCUCCUCAUGCCAACCCUACCGAAAUUCAACGACACGGCACUCGCCACGAAAUACACCCAAAAGUUACGUAGCCUAAACACCGCCCAGUUCCCGGCAAAAGUACCCCAGACAGUGGCCAAGAAGUUCUUCUUCACUGUCGGCCUAGGGUUGAACCCGUGCCCCAAAAACCAAACCUGCCAAGGUCCUAACAACACCAUGUUGGCCGCUGCAAUAAACAACGUCUCCUUCGUGAUGCCGAAGACGGCCUUACUCCAAGCUCACUUCUUCAAGCAGUCCAACGGGGUUUACACUACUGAUUUCCCCGCCAACCCGCCUUUCAAGUUCAACUACACAGGUACGCCACCGAGCAACCUCAUGGUGACUAGCGGCACGAAGGUGGUGGUCCUGCCAUUCAACACGACCGUGGAGCUGGUGAUGCAGGACACGAGCAUCAUCGUUGCGGAGAGCCAUCCUCUUCACCUCCAUGGAUUCAACUUCUUCGUGGUGGGUCAGGGUUUCGGGAACUUCAACCCGCAGAAGGACCCAAACAAAUUCAAUCUGGUCGACCCGGUAGAGAGGAACACGGUGAGCGUGCCGUCCGGUGGGUGGGUGGCCAUCCGGUUUCUUGCGGAUAACCCAGGGGUGUGGUUCAUGCAUUGCCACUUGGAGGUUCACACGAGCUGGGGGCUGAAGAUGGCAUGGGUCGUCAUGGACGGAAAGGGUCGGAAGCAGAAGUUGCCGCCGCCGCCGGCCGAUCUACCAAAGUGUUGAUUACUUUAUCGUUAUUAUUAUUUUGAUUUCCCUUUCUAAGUGCAAUUUUGCAUUAGCUUUUGCCCUGCUCUUUGAUUCUUUCUAUGUAUUACUUAAAGUUGAAUCUCAAAUCUCGACGAAGCAAAGUUGGCUACCCUUUA